GUAGGACCUAGGUAUGUUUUGAUGGACACCACAAAAGAUACAGUUGAAGGACCGCCGUUAGACUUCGAUCAGAAAAACAAAUAAUGAAAGCUAUUUAAUUUCGAUGGAGGAGGACGAGCUUUUGGCCUUUCGAGAACAGUGGAAAGAGGAGUUAGAAAAAAAGACUGAGCAGCACCGCAAUGUUUCUAGUGACGUCGGCGCUCAGCUAAAAAAGAACAACAAAUGUGGGUAUUUCGGGCAUUCCAACAUAACGAAUGCGAAUGACCAACAAAUAUGUGGUCGUAAUGUUGUCUCUGGAAAGAAACACAUUCGGGACAGUGUGAAGGACCAACCGCAGUACGUGUCCAUCGCAGCGGGUUUGCUGGGUGGAAGGACGAGUCCCUUACUGGACAGAAUCGAGGAGGAGAGGGCGCGUCGGAAGCGGAGACUCCACUGCGAGGAGGACGAGUCUAACGGCGCAGCGCCUCGGAGAAUAAUCAGCCCGGGUGUUAAGCUGAUCGACCAGUUUAUUCAGGAUUUGAAUGAAAUCAAUGACAUCCCUUUCUUUGAUGUGGAGUUGCCCUACGAACUAGCGCUGAAGAUUUUCCAGUUCCUGAGUAAACGUGAUCUAGGACGAUGUGCUCAAGUGAGUAAGUCUUGGAGAGUGUUGGCAGAGGACGAGGUCCUGUGGUACAGACUGUGCCUGAAAGACGGGCAUUAUAGCGGGGCGAGUGUCUCUGACUCCCCCUGCUGGAAGAGCACCCUCAGAGACUGCUGCACCACAGAGAAGAUAGUAAAAUACAACUGGAAGAAUAGAGUUGGGUCAAUUAGCCAUCUGCAGUAUGAGUUAGGAAAAGUGCUGUGUGAUGUCAACUCCUGCGAUAGACUCGUUAUUGCUGGCUAUACCUCAGGUGACGUGCGACUGUGGGACACACUCCAUUGGGACUCAGGUGCUUCAUACCUACGACCUGCCCACACCAUCAGAGAUGAGAGCCCACCACCUCAUGUCAGUUUUGUACGAGUCAUUGAGGCAGUGGCCUGCGCAGCAUAUGAGAACGGCUGCGUGGAUGUUUGGAGCACGGAAUCUGGCCUCGAAGCUGUUCAUCAUUAUCAGCACCUCCAGCGGGUCUGUGCCCUAGACCUCGGUGCUGACGGCCCAGUCUUAGCCUCCGCAUCUGGGUCAGAAGUGCGAGUGGAUUCCCCAGAUGAUCAGGGUUACUGGAGGACAAGGUGCCUCACCCGUCUAGCUAAACCUGUGGAUGGGGUGUUGGUGGUCCCAGGGAAGCGUGAGUUGCCACUGGUUUCGGUGUGGGCUGGGGAGAGCGUUUAUCUCCUGGAUUCGAGUCGGAGCGGAAUAGAAGAAGAGGAAGAAGAUGAAGGAGCCAGGUUGCUGCACUCUGUGUACGGCCACCCUGUCACGUGCCUGGACGUGAUGGCCUGCAGGGCCGCCCUGGGUGUCAAGAGCAGCGGCUGGGGCAUGAAUGAUGGGGGCAACAAGGUUCAGGUGUACAGCCUUGAGACUCGCCAGGCUGAGCUGGGGUUGGGGAACUCGCCGGGAGACUUCACCUGCAUCAACCUGAGAGAUGCCCCUCCACACCUGCUGGUGUGUGGGAACAAAGACAGACGGGUCCGAGUGUUUGACCUGCGUUCUGGCACCUCAGUGGUCUCCCUGUAUGCCCAUCACCUGGGAGUAACCACGGUGCAGGCGGAUGACUGGAAGAUCGUAAGCGGCGGUGGCGAGGGAUUGGUCAGUGUGUGGGAAAUGAGGAUGGGGGCGAAGCUCUGGGAAAUGCACAACAGGCACCCUGUCCGUCACGUGCGGUUCGACGCCAGCUCCCUGGUGACGGCCAACAUCCCUGAUGAGAAGAGCCCGCGUGGUGCCUGCAUCACCGAUGACGACCUCACUGCUCACCGCAGACACCGGGGGGCGAUCUGCUUCUAUGAUUUCUCUGCAGACUCGUCUGCCCAGGAUCGCGUUCUGCCCAUCUGUAGGUCCAGCUACUCCGAGACGAGCGGUUAUAACUACAAUAUCGGCCUGGCUGUCCCUUACGACGCGCUCACCGAGCCCCAGACCUCUGGCCUCUGACCUACAAUGUAUCGGGACAAGCACACAGAGUCAGUGACACUGAGUGGGAGCUGCUUACGCUACUAUAAAAGGAACUGCACAGUGGGCCCCAAAUUAACUUGGUGGCAGCACUGCACAUGAAAGGAUCUCUUGAGGCUUUUAAAAUGCAUAUCUGGCAUAUUUUUCAGUUGAUUAGAUAUUGAUUUUAUUUUUGAAUUGACUCUAGCCCCUCACAGGACAUUGCGAUCUUUGAAUUGUUUUAUGCAAUUUACUGGUUUACUUUUUCUAAGUAUCAGACUAAUUGCUAAAAGGUUUCCAAUUACAUCUAUUUGUAUUCAAGAGCUUUAUUAUUGCAACAUGUAAAUGUUCAUUCAAUGGCAUGUACAUAUGAUUUCACUGGAAAGAAAAAUAGAAUUUAGUGAAAUGUCUUUUUACAAAUCUAAAAGGCAGGAGUGUUAAGUGUUUAUUUUGAUAAUGCUCUUGUGUAGUUAUAACAUGUCCUGCAGCUCUGGGGAAGGUUGUUUGUUGUCCACUGGCCAACAUGAGAGUACAUGAGA